CAGCUUGAGGAGCAGCUUACAGUUUGUUUUUAAUAUAAGUAUGAUUUCAGAGACAGAAACAUCCUGUUUCUACUUCCUCCCUCUGUCAGAGUCAUGUGAUCCGCGCUGCCUUCUCCCUGACGCUGUCGGGCAGAUCGUCGUUCUGUUGAAGUUUCUGAAGUUUAAAGUUCGCUGUAGUUUUGCGUAAACCGCUCACCAUGGCGGAUCAGAGGUUCGCCAUCGUCAUGUCCGUCAUGACCCUGUUUUGGGGCAUCGUUGGAGGAGUUGUUCCCUGGUUUAUCCCCAAAGGACCGAACAGAGGAGUGAUUGUCACUAUGCUGGUAUUGACUUCAGUCUCCUGCUACCUUUUCUGGCUGAUAGCUAUCCUGGCUCAGUUAAACCCAUUAUUUGGACCAUCACUUUCUACUGAUGUCAUCUGGUACCUAAACUAUCACUGGCCUUAAUUUAUACAACCAGAAACCUGCCAUCUAGAGCUUAAUGGACGGUGCUCAUCAUGGAUUCUCUGGACAACGGAGGAGGACCGCUGUGGCCUUUUUGUCAGAACAUUCCUUUUGAAUCGCCUUACACCUCAGAUCCACGUGUAAUUUGGUUGAGUGAUGUCCACACUGGUGCCUUGUUAAAACCCUUCUCAAAGGACUGGAAAAUCUACGAGAGCAUGCUUUGCUUUAAAUUAAAGUUGUUGGUUUAAUAUACUGUGUGUAUUGUGCUUGACAUGAUGGAGCUUUUGUCGGUGUUGAAUGUAUUGCUUUCGAUGAAAAAUAAAUCCACAAACUUAAUAGAUAGAUUAAUAGA